ACAGGGUGACGACAACCAUGACGAAGAAGUCGAAGAAGAAAAAGGAAGACUGCAAAAAAAGUGCUUUUAAUUAAAGUCACAAGUUGUCAUGCGUACUGGGUAUGAUAGGAGGGAAGUGUCCUUAUGACAGAUGUUGCAUUCUGUGUCCCAUACUCUCCAGUAGCUUAUUCCUUUUUUUCCUGCUAUUUGCGCAUUGCACCGCAACUAAACAGUUAGUAAAGUCAACUUGACUGGCGCGACUUUGUUAAUAUGGAUUUAUCCGAGUCUUUACAGAGUCCACAUGGGAGCUUUUCCUAGAUUUGUAGUUCAUAUGAAUCGAUAGCACAACAUUACCGAGCGGCAAUAAAUUUAAAAUAUAUUGCCAGGACGAUUGAGAAAACACCAUGGCAGACAGAAGGACUUUCAACGUUGUGAUUUUGGGUGUGGGAUUUUUGUUCAUUUUCACCGCCUUCACCACUUGUGGGAACGUUGAACAAACUGUGGUGAAAAGCCUGGAGAAUGAUACUUUCACAGGAAGUGGGUACCACAGUCUAGGAAUCAUUUAUGGCGUCUUUUCCUUCUCAAAUUUACUUGCACCCACAGUCGUUACAGUAAUCGGACCAAAAAUUACUAUGUUUUUAAGUGGCCUGCUUUACAGUGGGUACAUUGCUGUGUUCAUCAUCCCUUCAACGUGGUCCUUUUACUUGACCUCUGUACUCAUCGGCAUAGGAGCAGCCAUGCUGUGGACAGCUCAAGGACAAUUUCUGGUGGAAAACUCAGAGGCCUCCACUAUCAACAGGAACACUGGGAUGUUCUGGGCUCUCUUACAGUGCAGCAUGUUGUUUGGCAAUCUUUACAUUUACUUUGACUGGAAUGGAAGAACAGAGAUAUCAGACAGCAGCAGGAAAAACAUCUUUCUGUCCCUGUUGGUCACCUCUAUGCUCGGUACACUCAGCUUCCUCGUGUUGAGAAAGAGCCAUCAUGAAGAGGAUAUGCUCUCUGAAGAGGAAGGGCGGUCACUGCUCUCAACUCGCAUGAUGUAUAAGCACAGAGCAAGCGCUGCCAUGCAAGAUACCAAGUCAGAAUUCAAAAAUAUCCUGCAACUUCUGAAGACUAAAACUAUACUGCUCCUGAGUCCCUGCAUGGCAUACAGUGGCCUCGAGCUAUGUUUCUACAGUGGCGUGUAUGGGACAUGCAUUGGAGCAACUACACAGUUUGGGGAAGCAGCUAAAGGCUUGAUUGGGAUCUCUGGGAUCAUGGUAGGCGUCGGAGAAAUAGUGGGUGGAGGCUUGUUUGGAUUGUUGUGUAAGAACAACCGCUUCAGACGGACCUCUGUGGUGUUCCUGGGAAUGGUUGUCCACUUUGUUGCUUUCUAUUUGACCUUCCUCAACAUCCCAGAUGAUGCUCCUGUUGUCUUUAAAACAACCACUGAGAAGAAACCAUAUCUUACUCCAAGUGUAUCCAUUGCCCUGCUGUGCAGCUUCUUGCUUGGCCUUGGGGACAGUUGUUUCAACACACAGCUCUACAGCAUAUUAGGCCGUGUUUAUGCUGAACACAGCACGCCUGCAUUUGCCAUCUUCAAAUUCAUCCAGUCUGUUUUUGCAGCAGUGGCGUUCUUCUACAGCGGUUACGUCCUGUUGAUGUGGCAGCUCCUGCUCAUGGUCAUCCUGGGCUUCACUGGAACACUCUGCUUCUUCGUGGUGGAGAGGAUGCAGAACAUCUCUGCAGAUCUGCAAGAAUAUUAGAUAGAAGAAAUUUUGAUUCAAGCAUUCUUUGUUUUGUGGGGCAACAAUUCUGCAUCUUUUAUUUUAUGAGGGGUUAUUUUAAAAUCUCUUUUUAUAAUAAUGCACUGAAGGUCACACACAUUUGGAUAACAUUUACACUUAAAAUAGUUUUAGAAACCAAGGUGCCUUAAGAAAACCUUUGAAUACUAUUGCAUGAUUAUCACUCAGCCUGGAUUGUACUUUGCACAUUUUCUGUUUCCGUUUCCUGGAACUACACAGUAUGACCAUGAUCAUUUAAACUAUUUUUCUACUUCACUUGAUCUUACUGUAGGACUGUAAAAAUAACCACUCACUUAUCCCUUACUUUAUCUGCAGUGCUUCCAGCUCAGGUUUGUUAUUAAAGAUGGUGUCACUGCUGAAAAUAUUUUAUGCUUCUAAAAGUGUUACGUUUUAACAUUUAAAGCUGUUUAUAGUUUAUCAGAAUGAUUGACUGUUUGAUAAAAAUAGAUGAAAAUAAUUCAUUAUUGUUCCUGUUAUUGUAGUCCAACUAGUUAAUGCCUGACAAUCAUUGUUUUUAACUUUUUUUGUAAAUCUUGCAUGUUAAUGUCAGUGUUUUUCCCCAGUUUUUUGAAUCUUUGAUGAAUAAAGUUCUAUGCAUUUUG